AUGAAAUACUAUUUACUAUUGUUAUGUUAUGUAGCGUUUGUCAAAUGUGAUAAAUUAAAGUUUGUACAAACUAUUUGGCGUCACGGUGACCGAGCGCCUGGUGAUUUACCGUACCCGUUGGACAAGUACGAUGAAAGUUACUGGCCGAGAGGAUGGAGUAUGUUGACUACGGUAAGUGUAAUAAUUUACAAUAUUUGAUAGAAUGGUAGGGUAUAAUGAAUGUACGGCAAGGCAGGAUGUGGUAGGGUAGGGUAGGCUAAGCUAGGGUAGGGUAGGUAAGGUAAAAUAGGGUAGGGUAGGGUCUAAAUGUGUUUUUCUAACCUUUAACAUUUCCUCAUUUCCAGGAAGGUAUGAAGCAGAUGCACGAUCUAGGCAAAUUCUACCGUGAACGUUAUGUAGAAGAAGACUUUAUUAGUUCCGAGUUCAACUCAUCUGAAGUUUACAUUCAAACCAGUGAAUCUGACAGAGCUAUCCAAAGUGCUCAAGCUAUGUUAAGUGGACUGUAUCCUCCAAAAGAUUCGGAUCAGUUUGACGAUGAUAUUAAUUGGCAUCCAGUCCCAGUUCAUGGUAGUGAACCUACUGGGAAAGAUAUGGUAAGAUCGGCAUUUCUUAUAUUGUAAAGAUUAAAAUGUCUUACUGGAUAUUGUUAUCACAAAGGAUAAUUAUUAGGUUGUUCAAAUAAUUCUGUGCCUUCUAAUUUUGAAACUUACUUUGAGAGGGGUACAGAAUUAUUUGAACAACUAAUAGUUUGAUAGUUUAAAAAUUAUAAAAAAUCGAAUUUUCAGUUAUUGAAACCAACGUCUUUUGACUGCCCUACAUACGAAUCAAGCUACGAUCCUAUAGAGACAAAGCUGGACAGUGAGUUGAUGGAAGAGUACAAAGAGCUUGUUACUUUUCUACAGCCAGUUAGUGGAUAUGGCAGUAACAUGACUAUGAAAAAUGUAAUUUUAUUUCAUCACUAUACUUUACUUUGUAACUGUGUUUUCUAAAGAGUGAUAGGAUAAUAUUGUGAUAAUGAUGAAGAGUUUACAUUGCUUUGAAAUUAUAAAAGUGUUGAUUGUCUACUGUCUUCUUACUAUUCUACCAAUAUAUUUUUUGUGAAAAAUUUUUUUAAAUCAUUUUUUGAUGCUUAUAAUCUUCUUACCUAUUCAAACACUAUUUCCAGGCAGUAGACAUAGCAGACGUCCAACUAGAACUCUUGCAUAACCUGGAUGAUCAGCCUUCUUGGUUGUCCAAGAAAUGGGAUCAGUAUGACGAAAAAAAAACAUUGGAGAUAUUGUUAAAGCUAAAAGAAAAGAGAAGACUAAACGAGUUUGCAGACCCCAGUCUAGCCAAGUUAGUUGGGGGAUACCUAUUGGGGGAUUGGUUGAAAAGACUUGAGCAAGUACAAAAUGGUACUCAAAUGGAAAGAAUGAUCAUGUAUUCUGCUGUAAGUAUAGCACAACUUUUUAUAGGGGGCGCACAAUUAUUUGAACAACUUAAUACAACAUUUUUUAAAAGUUUUUGGUUGAUUAUGAUUAUAUAACUCUUGGUUAGUGAGAAAAGUAUGACCCAGAAUAGAAUUAAAUGUACUUUUCAGCACGAUGGAACGUUGUUAUCACUAACGGGUACGAUGGGUGUAUUGGACGACGAAAUGAUACCGUAUGCUAGUGCUUUGAUCAUGGAAGUUAGUGAAGACGACGAUAAGUUGUAUGUCAAAGUAGGUGAACAUUAGUGUGGUCAAAAUGUUAAAACUUGUUAUUAUGCUACAGUAUUGAAUGAUUGCUAAUCAUUUAAAUACUAUAACAACAUAAUAACACGACAAUGAUAUACUAUAUCAUACUGUUGUGACUUUAACCUUCGGUGUUCUUGUAACACAACAAAGCUGAUGUGACCUAUAGUGGUUCAUACUAUACUAUCAUAAUAAUGUUUUUAAUAUCCAGAUGUACUACAGAAAAACCGAUUACGAUAGCCUGAAGCAAGAUAAAGACGGUGAUUUCAAAUUGAAAAAGUUGAAAUUUAAGUGUGGCGAGAAAUGUCAUCUCGAUGAGUUUAUCGCCGAGAUGAAGCCGCAAGCUACAUACUCAAAAUUAGACGUGUAUAAGGUAAAUUCAACGUCAUUUCAUUAUUUGAAAGCUUUACCGUUGUAAUAGUUUGUUCAAAAAUGCUGUGCUUUCUCUCAAAGUCAAUUUUUAGGGUUAAGGGGCACAGAAUUAUUUGAACAACCUAAUAUUACAUUAUAUUAAAACCAUAUACAUUAUUUUUAAUUCUAUAUAAUUAAUUGAUGACACAAUAAUUUAUCGAAGGUCUUUCAUAAUAAUACUCUUUUUAGCAAUGUGGACUUCAGUAUUGUGUUCAAAUGCUAGAUGACCAGCCUUGUUGUAAGUUAAUUCUAAUUCAAUCUUAAAAGAUCUUUAUUAGAAUGUCACAAAGUCUAGUCACCCAAUCUUGCACAGUAAAAGCGACAAGACUUUUGCGGCAUUUGACAUAAGUAGCUGGUUUAAAAAAGGUUUUUUUAAACUUUUUCUUCACUUAUUUAAGGUAUAAUAUAUUUAUAAUAUAAAGGUCAAGGUUCUACUGCGAUUAUCUUUAUGAAGCUUUACUUUAUAUUUUUAGAAUUGAUUCGGCUCAAUAUGAACAACAUGACUGUAACUGCUAAGUGAAUUACACUCUAAAGCAAAAUUUUUAUUGUUUUUUUUAAUAUAAGGCAUGAUUCUGAAAAAACAUAGAAUAUUUGUGAGGUGAGCGCUUAAAAAUGCUAUCAAAAGGUGUUUUUUAAAAAUUUUUUUGUUUGAAAACUAGAAAAAAGUAAAUAAUAUUUGUAUUUUAUAUUGUCCAUGACAAAUCAUAUCAGGAUAGAUUUUUUUUGUCCUCGAAAUUUGGAAUCACGAAGGAUUUGGUUCUAUUUCCGUGUUGUUAUUGAAUCAUGAGUGAAAGGUCGCUCGAGAGCAAGUUACUAAACCCAGGAAAACGAAAAGUUUUGUUUGUUCUUUUGACAUUUCUUUUAUCACACUAUAUGCUUUCUUUUUUACAUAGCAUAGCUAAGAGUUUACUUUGGCGUCUAUAAUAACUUGAACUAUUAUUUAUUUGGUUUUUACUGUCAUUUAAAGUUAAUUAUUGACAUUUAACAGUAUCUAAUGUCAGUUUAAAGGCUUUUUUAUAACUAUAUCACUAAAUAUAUUGUUUUAAACUAAAUUAUUGAAGUAUUAAGUUAUAUUGUUGUACAUAUAUACGUUUUGGGCUUAAAAUACAGUAUCAAAUAAAGAUACUGUAAGUUUGUUAAAGUAAGCUUGCAUAUAAGUAUGAAGUACUGUAUAUUACUGCUAUUUUAUAUAGUAUGUGUAAAAUGUGACAAACUAAGGUUUGUACAAACUAUUUGGCGGCACGGUGACAGGGCCCCUUCUCAGUUACCGUACCCUUUGGACAAGUAUAAUGAAAGCUACUGGCCGAGAGGAUGGAGCAUGUUGACUACGGUAAGUGUAGUAGUUUACUGUAUUUGAUGGAAUAACAGGGUAGGGUAGGGUAGUUAUAUUAACAUUUAAAACAUUUACAGCAAGGAAUGGCUCAAAUGUUCAACCUCGGCAAAUUCUACCGUGAACGCUACGUAGACACAGGCUACAUUAAUCGUGAAUUCAAGAUUUCUGAAGUCUACAUUCAAUCCAGUGAGUCUGACAGAGCUAUCCAAAGUGCUCAAGCUAUGUUAAGUGGACUAUAUCCUCCAAAAGGCUCUGAUCUCUUUAAUAGUGCAAUUUACUGGCAGCCGGUUCCAGUUCAUGGAAGUCAGAAGCUUGGAAAGGACAUGGUGGGUUAUCAUAAUAAUCUUUUUAAACAUAUUUUCGAUAGUAACAUAUUAGGUUGUUCAAAUAAUUCUGUGCUUCACUCCAAAAAUUUGGAUGGAGAGGGAGCACAGAAUUAUUUGAACAACUUAAAAGACGAUUUCUGAGACCAUGAAGCAUCCUGAAACGGCCAUGUGCCCUAGAAAUUUACCCCCUGUUUUUAUUUGAUAAAUCGAUAACUAGGACCGUUUUAAGACACAUGGUAAAGCGAUUUUGGCUAAAAUACCGUUUUGGCAUUUUUAUGCCACUUUUUGACAUAGUUUCAGUUUUCAGUUUAUUUACUAG